CCAACUUAUUAAAGACUAUCUCGAAAACAGAAUUGCAACUUUUUCUGUGGGCCAUCUUUCUUUCCAACGUAAAGUCUUGAGAGGGUGCCCACAAGGCUCCGUUUGCGGACCUUUACUUUGGAUUUUACUUUUUGAUAUAUUUCUUUGCCAGGACUUUGGGCAGGAUGCCACGAUUGCCUAUGCGGAUGAUGUUUUCGUUCUUUUUGGUGGGCAGUCACGUGCUGAUUUAAAAUACAAAAAGAAUCGUGCAUUGAACAUGAUAUAUGAAUGGGGCAUAACGAAUAAACUCUGCUUUAAUGCGAAUAAAAGUAAAGCUAUUGUCUUUAAUAGGCCAAGACAACGAAACUUAUAUGCACGUGUUCCAACUCUUAGGAUGAACGGUAAAAGUUUAAAGGUGGUGAAAGAACUUAAAUAUCUUGGCAUAUUGUUAGACCAUCGGCUGUCCUGGAAUAACCAUAUUCAUUAUAUUACUAAACACACAGGGCAUAUUAUGCACGCUUUUGCCAAGGUUGCCAGGUCAUCUUGGGGCCUUAGUGGUCUGGCUAUGCGAAUGAUAUAUGAUAGCAUUUUUCUACCCGUUCUCACUUAUGGCUGUGGCAUUUGGGGCUCUGCCGCAGUUAAGGUACAUCAAAAACGCAAAUUGAUCUCCGCACAACGUAGAGUUUUGUUGAUGAUAACCAAAGCAUACAGAACUACGGCUAAUGCUAGUUUGCAAGUGCUUGCUCGCAAGCCGCCUAUUGAUAAAUAUAUUAACUACUUACAAAAAAUUUGGAAAGUCAAAUGUGGUAAUCAUCUUACCUCUAUGUCAAACUCCUUCACUGAGGAAAGCUGGGAAAAAAAUAUUCCUUAUAAAGACACUUUUAGCCCCUACACUAACAUCAGAUUUAUCGAAGCUUCUUCUACUAGUUGUGCCAUUAAAAUUUUUACCGAUGGUUCGAAGUGUGACUGUCAUGUUGGUGCCAGUUUCGUUGCUUUUCGCAACAAUAUUGAAAUUUACUAUAAUGUUUUUAAACUUGGUCCACUUUGUAGCAUUUUUCAAGCAGAGUUAUAUGCUAUUUUACAGGCAAUCGAGUGGUGUGAACGGGCUCUCAAUAAUGCCAAAAUUGCAAUCAUUACCGAUUCACUAUCUUCUCUCUCUACGAUUCGGAGGAAGUCUGUUCAUCCUCUGGUCUUUAGUAUUCAAAGACUGUUGAUUGAGUCUGAUAAUGAGUAUUAUUUUAAUUGGACGAGAUCACAUUGUAAUGACUACGGCAAUGAUCGGGCGGAUCAACUUGCUAAAAUGGCGGCGGCUGACCAGAACAUCUCUAUCAGUUACAAUAUGAUUUCAACAAAAAUGCUGAAAGAGGUCCUUUGGAACGAUUUGCUUGUGGAGUGGCAGCAUAGUUGGGAUGCCAACACCUCAGUUACGAAACAGUUUUUUCCUGAUAUAUUGAAAUUUUUGAAGAACACUUGGAUUGAAGUUACUCAUCAUUCUAUACAAUUUUACACCGGUCAUGGCCGUUUUAAUUCAUAUCUUGCUCGCUUUACCUUGCGUAAUAACAGUCUAUGUCCUGUUUGCAACACCAUUGACAGUAGUUUCCAUUAUAUUUUUGAAUGCCCCAUAACUGAGAUUGAAAGACAUCAGUUACGCACUCUUCUAACCAGUAAAAAUCGUUCUUGGCCAUGUGAUGCUCAAGACCUUACUUCGGAUAAGGAAACUUACAAUUUACUUGUUCAGAUAUUUGAAAAGUAUUUUCGAGUUACAACAAUUUCUUAAUGUCCUUUUCUAGAAAAUUCACACGUUGUUAAUAGUAUACACUUGGUAAGGCUUAAUCUGAUUCCUCGUUCGUAUCCUUUGCUGCAUUUCCCUAUUCUUGUUUAAAUCUUCUGGGGUUGGAGGCGAUCUCCUCACUUAAACUUAGGGAUCUUGUGGUUUGUUUUAUAUUCGACUGCAGAGGAUUGUAGAUUAUGAUAGUUUCCUGGCUAUUCACUUUUGGUCUUGCACCUUAUGGUCAUAAUUGCACAUCAAAAGAACAAAUGUUACUUAAGAAGAAAUUCUUUUUCACUUUCUUCUGGACUUUACUGUGACUAGUGGGAAUGUAUACUACUAAUUGGACUGCACACUGUGUUAACGUCGUAUCACUUUAAGCAUAUUGGUGGUUAUUGUGUUUGCUGGAAUUUAGUUGGUGCAGUAGUAUACUUGGCAUCUUUGUGUACAUUUUUUAUAUUUUUUUAUUUAUUUUUUUGUGGCUGACGCUCUGGGUAAUUCUGUGGAUUCUACACGUGGAGAUAUACUUGACGCACUGCCACUGUUUCUCAAUGGUAAUACCUGGUGGAACUAUUUUUGUCAUGCUACAACAGUUCGUGUUUGAACUUAAUACACGUUAUUACAUUUAUUGUAAUUGCUUGAUUUUACUGAAACUGGGAGGAACUUACAUUUUUCUACUGGACUGUUUUCUGCAUCAACUCUACAUCAAUACAUGCUUUGUGGUGUACUUGUGUAUUAUAUUAUGUGUUCUAUUCUGGUGCGCCAUUGUGAUGUGAUCGUCUAGGUAUGAUCGUCUCAGUGUUUAUCGGUUUGUAGCUGGUGGUUGAAAUUUCUGUGAUUUACAGUGGUUUUCUUCCUAUUGAAAUAAUUGUGGUGUGGACGAAGUUUCUUCAACUUCCAGUGAAUAUAAAUGAUGCAGCGUGAAGACAAUCCUUCAACUUCUGGUGAAUCUUACUAUGUCGGAAUAUUAUGCAUAGAUGCUUGGCGGAGUUCAGUGGUGUU